AUGGCAAUGGCAAGAUAUCAACCACCCAGUACCAGUUUCAUUCACCUCUGGCCACUCAUCUUGUUCAUUGCCAUCAUCAUUCCCUCCAAAGGGGUCCUCAAUAGCACGGAGCUUCUCAAGCAGGUGUGCAACCAGACGUCCAACAACGCAUUUUGUGUUACGACUCUAACUGCAGACCCAAAUGCAGGUGGCCCGCAUGCCCUUGCCGGCGACCUCGCUAAUGCUGCUUUACGGUUAGCUCAAACCAAGGCCACCCACGCAAAAUCCCUCAUAGCUCUCCUCCUUCAAAAUGCCACCAACUCUUUGGACCGCAACAGCCUCCAAAUAUGUCAAAGCAGCAACAACAAGGCCUUGUCACAACUUUCGUCGGCUAACAAUGACUUCAACCCGGACUCACUCGACUCUGUGGUGGAACUGAUGAAUGGUGCUGCCGAUAUUACAAAAGCUUGCUUGAAUGAGAUCCAAGGCAGAGGCGACCACUUUUCACUUCUGGCCACCGUUAAUGCUGAUUUGAUCAAACUUUGUGAAAUCUGUAUUGUAUCCACUAGAAGAUUUGUACUAAAUGACUUUUGGCUAUGUUAG